AAUAGUCACGUGGAGGGCACAGUGCACGGCGGAAGAAUAGUCCCGUGGGUGCUCGCAAGGUUCUUGGACUGAAAGGUUUGGCGCGAGGUGUGCAGGUGUUGGCGUGUCAGUAUGAAGAUGUGGUCCACUGUGGUAGCGCCCCUCCUCCUCCUCCUCCUGGCCAAGGCCGAGGGUCAGAGGCGGCCCCGUCCCCAAGAUACACAACUCGCCGCAGCGCCACAGCAGCAGCAGAUCGUCUCUCAGUGCCCGCUGCCCAAUGGCUUUUUUGCAGACGCCCAGCAGUGUGACAAGUACUACCAAUGCGUAGACAACGUGAUCACGGAGAAGCUGUGUCCUGACGGUCUAGCCUUCGUGGACCAUAACCCGCGGUCAGAAAAGUGUGACUAUAUCAGCGCCGUGGACUGUACUGGACGACCUGAGCUGCAGCCCGCACAGCCAGCGGGCGCCUGCCUCCGACAGAAUGGCUACUUCUUCCACCCGGAUGAAACAGUGUGCAACCAAUUCUUCUUCUGCGCUGAAGGUACCGGCAACCUGGUCACCUGUCCCACUGGUCUUGUCUUCUCUGGGAAGAGCAACAACUGCGUGUGGGCGGAUGAGGCAGGACGAGCAGGCUGCUCUACGCCGGGAGGUGGCCCCGCCUUUGAGUGCCCCAAGGUGACCCAUGACGUGGCAGUGGCUCAUCCUCGCUACGCCGAUCCCGAUGACUGCCAGUACUUCUAUGUGUGCAUUGACGGAGUCAACCCGAGAAGGAACGGCUGCACCUUCGGCCAAGUCUUCAACUCUGCCCUUGGAACCUGCACAUCCCCAGCAGAAACUCCUGAGUGCGGCAACUACUACACAGAGUACUUCGACGACUACUUCAAGACCCUCAACACCGGCGGUCGCCCAAGAGGUGACAUCCUUGCAGCUGCAUUCGAAGCAGGAUAUAAAAUUCCUUCCCACGCUUUAGGCAAGAUCGACAGAUCCCAGAGUCCUGGGGUGGCUGCCACUUUCGCCGCCGCUGCGCCUGCCCCAGCUCCUGCCGCCGCGCCGCCCAGGCAGAUACCCACACGUAGGAGACGUCCCACAGCCGCCGCGCCAGCCCCUGCUGCCGUCCCUGUUCUCACCGGAGACGACAGUUUCACUCUAACCACCGGCCUCGGCGCCGCAGCGCAAGCUGUCCCAGCCGGCCCUCCAGCCCUUGCCGCGGCUCCCGCUCCCACAGGGACCAGACGCCGCCGCCCGCUCGUCUCCGUCAGAAGAGCUCAGAGGUCCGAAACAGCAGGACAGGUUUAGGUAAUUAGUUUAACCAAACCACUGAAAUUUUGUCAACUUUUGUGGUUUUCACUAAUCACGAAAGCGGGUAUAAUUUUACCAGUCAUUUUUAGCAUCUAAUAAGAUCAAAUAAAAGGUCAAUUACAAAAUUCAAUCGCUUUGAGACUGUCAGGAAAUGUCCAUGAAUACUGUUCAGGAAGUGAGCACAGACAGAGCGCUGCACCAGUCCUGGGGCAGCGGGCAUGACGUCUCGCCUCCUUGCUAUUAAACAAUCAUUCGGAAGAAAAAAUAAAUAAAUAAAUAAAUAAAAUAAAAACAUAUUUUCAUUUCGUAUACAAUACAAUGAGCUUGGGACAAAUAAUGUUUUUUUGUGUAAAAUGUAAGACAACAAUAAAGUACAACAAGUACAA